GAGGCUGCAGCAUUCACACUCACACACCUGCAGUAGCAAGGCAGGGGGCUGGAUCCCAGCAGAAGAGGGAAAUUGGAAGCCCCCACACACUGAAGCAAAGGAGACAAUCCAGCAAGGACACUCAUGUCACCAGCAUGCACUUAAGGGUCUCACCUCCGGGCAGCAGGCAGCAGGAGCCAGCAUGCAGCCCCCCAGUGCACCAAACUUCCUGCACAGCACCUCUCUAGGACAAGGGGGCUAGGUGCAGCAUCCCUGGGGUUUCACGAAUGAAGGCAGAUACUGAAGUCCAGAGAAAGUCUUUUGCACGUCAUCCGCCGGGGUUUCUGCUCCAUGCCGCCCCCAAUUGGCUGCCAGUAUUUGCCACGGGUGGGUUAGACUGAGCGGGCAACUCAAACACUAACUCCCUCAACGGAUUCAGGGGAACCCACGGAAGACAUUCCUAAUUUGUAGGACUAUGCAGACAACUUCAGGAUGGUGUCAGCCAAGGAGACAGAUAUGUACGACGCCAUCUUGGAAACUAACGAUGGAUCCAGCUCUGAUCCUGGUUGGUACUUCCCAUACCCAUUGGGCUUCCAGGUUUCCCUCACCAGCUUCCUCAUGCUGGAAAUUGUUCUGGGUUUUAGCAGCAACCUGACAGUGCUGGUACUCUACUGCAUGCAGUCAAACCUGGUGGAUUCGGUCAGCAACAUGGUGACGAUGAACCUCCAUGUUCUGGAUAUCAUUAUCUGUGUCAUCUGUGUGCCUUUGACCAUAGUCAUCAUUCUUAUCCCCAUAGAGCAAAACAUUGCCCUCGUGUGCUGCUUCCACGAGGCAUGCGUGACCUUCAGCAGCAUUGCAACAGCCAUUAACGUCCUUGUCAUAAGCUUAGAUCGCUAUGACAUCUCAGUUAGACCCGCUAACCGGGUGCUUACCCCUAGCAGAAUGGUGCUGCUCUUAUCCUGUGUCUGGUUCGUCUCUCUCAUGGUUUUCUUCAUACCGUUCUUUGAGGUAGAGUUUUUUGGGGACCCCGAUCACAUGGCUACUUGGCAGAACCGGACUUUGCUCUGCGUCAGCGUCAACGAGUAUCAUACAGAGCUGGGCAUGUACUACCAUCUGGUAAUCCAAAUUCCCAUCUUCUUUGCAGCAGUGGCAGUUAUGCUGGUCACCUACUCCAAAAUCCUCCAAGCCCUUAACAUUCGGAUCGGAAACCAUUUUAAGAGAAGCCAGCGCAGGAAAACCAAGAAACGGAAGAAACGGAAAUCCUCCGACCAAAGCACUCUGGGAGAGACCAAAAGAUUGGCUCCUCCCGCAGUAGUACAGAACCCGCCCAUGAGGGUCCAAGCGUCCGUCUCAGUCAUCAUUGCAUUGAGACGGGCUGUGAAACGUCACAGAGACCGUCGGGAACGUCAGAAACGUGUCUUCAGGAUGUCCCUCAUCAUCAUCACCACGUUCUUGCUGUGCUGGGCACCUAUCUCCAUUGUCAACCUCCUUAUCCUCUGCCUGGGUCCCAGCGACCUUCUGGUCAAACUACGCAUCUGUUUUAUCACCAUGGCCUAUGGCACAACCAUCUUCCACCCUCUCGUGUAUGCAUUUACCCGUCAGAAGUUCCGAAACGUUCUAAAGAACAAGAUGAAGAAGAGGGUGGUAUCAGUGCUGCAGGUAGACCCUGCUCCCGGGGGGACUGUUAUACACAACUCUUGGAUUGAGCCCAAAAAGGCUAGGAAGUCAAAGUUGGAAUGCAGUGACGGGACGGACCGGUGCCUCACGGAUGCAGUGAAGGAGUGACCCCUUCUUUGUCGGAGAUGAUCUAUUAUGGGCACACAACAUGGUUUAGGGAUAACAUUGGAUGCACUGUGCACAAUUUUUUUAAUUCUAAAUAUCCGCAAGCAAUGACCAUAAGCAGCGUAUAUUGUUGGUUAUAUUGAUUACUGAUAACAGAGUUCCAGUUAGAAUGCACUGCCACGUAACCGUCAUGACCAGGAUUGGCACACAUCCAUUCAUCCUGACCUGACUUGGAUAGU